AUGAAAUAUAUGAAGGAUGAAACUUCUAAGGCAGCCUCACAUCGAGUCAUACCAUUUAAUCGUCACGAUUACAACUUCAUUGUUGACGAGACAAUGGAUCACAAUGAGGGUCGACCAAUGGGACACUACAGGGUGGAACUUCAUAAAAAUUGGUGCGACUGCGGAAAGUUUCAAACCUUCCGCAUGCCUUGUUCACAUGUCAUUGCCGCAUGUUCCAGUGCUCGUCACGAUCCAUUCUUGCUGUUAUCAGAUGUUUACAAGGUUGUGAACUUAUUCGGUAUCUAUAAUAACAGUUUUCCAGUGGUAGCUAGUGAGGACUAUUGGCCAACAUAUCAUGGAGACACAAUCUACCACAACGAAAAUAUGAGAAGAAACAAAAAGGGCCGCCCAAAAAGCACCCGAAUUACAACUGAAAUGGAUACAACUGAGAAAAUAGAAAGAUUGUGCGGAAUAUGUCGUCUUCCCGGGCAUACGAGGAAUAGUUGUCCAAAUGUUGGAACAAGUUCUAGAUAG